GGUUUGCAGGAGCUCGGCGUGACGCACGUGCUCAACGCGUGCAGCCAGCUCCCGAACUACCACCCGGACCACUUCGUCUACCACAAGAUCGCGAUUUUGGACGCACCCAAGGCGCCCAUCGUCACGUGCGCGGAGGUCGCCGCGCAGUUCCUCCAGCGCGUGGAGCGCGUCGGCGGCCGGUGCCUCGUGCACUGCAUCGCGGGCUCGUCGCGGUCCGUGACGCUGACGCUCAUGCACCUCAUGAUCUCCCACCGCGUGCCCCUCCACGUCGGCUUCCACCACGUGAACCGCAUGCGGCCCCAGGCGAACCCGAACGAGGGCUUCAAGCUCCAGCUCGCAUUACUGGAGGUCAAGGUCCUCGGCGGGUCCUCC